AUGGACAGAAGGUCUGCUAGAAUAAAAGCAGAGUUAGAAAGAUAUGGUUGGAGAGUUUCAAAGAAGUUUAAAUAUAGGAAGGGAAGACCCAUAAAAGUCUAUGACAAAUUGUCUGGUCUUCGCUACGAAAUGGACCUGGAAACAGCGCGCACAAACUAUCCAAACAGACUGGAGAGGUUAGAAGAAGAGCGUCUUAUGGACAUGCCUUUCAAUGUUACUGAGCCUCAGGUUGAAGGACACGACGGCUUUGCCAGAUUUUACUGGAAACAUAACGAACAAUUGUAUCCCUUGAGAAGGAAAAAAGGGAAGGGUGAAGAUGCACAUGCCCCCAUGGAAAGAACAAGAUAUGCAUAUGAGAAGUAUCGUGAGGUUAGAAGUAAAAUUACAUCUGGUCGAACCUUUACAGUUAACUUUGACGAAGGAAAGAACAAAGAAGGCUUCAUGGGUGUACUUGCUGCCAUACAAGACGGAAAUAAGAAAGGAUACAAUCUCAGACUAACCGUAACAGAUUUAGAUGGUCAUAUAUACUACUCACAUGGCAAUGUCGCAACAGCUGCAAUGCUUCUUGACGCUUUCAAGACUACAAAGAGAGAACAAAUGGUUGACUCCGACUCAGACAUCUUAAAUGCGAUUGAAGGAAUUGCAAGCGUGAAGUUCGAAUGGUUACAACCCAACCCUCAAGCAGUCAGACAACAUGCUGGGUAUUUCCCGUUCAGAAAUAAGUCUGACAUUAACCUGACAAGGUAUGGAAUUUACAAUUCAAUUGAAACAAUUGUCAAUGAACCUUGCAUUCUUACAUGUCUCAGGAACUCUGGUCUUGUUACAGAUGAGAAGAUGUUCAGUAGUUUUUUAAAACACGAAAUGCUUGUUUUGUCAAGACUUUAUGCUCUCAAAGUAGAAUUUCAUAAAAUAAUGAUGUUCAUAAGAAAUGCAAAUAUAUUAUGUUAUAUGGUAUCAUAA